UCAAAGCAGCGGGGGACAGAACAGAAUGACUGCCAAAGUGGAUAACGUUGUCAAGCUCGUUAAAAGGCUCUCUCUUUCUCAUCUGCUUGAGCUUCACUUGUAAUAUUUUCUCUAACAUCCUUCUCCAAUGGCCUCCUCUGUUUCUCUUAAGCAACUCUCUCACUGCUUCUUCUCCAACGCCCAGACCCAGUUUAAAGACUUAAAGCAUGGAUGGUCACCAAGAUCCAGAUAUUAUUCUACCAAUGACACAAAUAUUAGCAUUCAGCCCAUCAAAGCCGCCGCCAAUAGUCCUCCAUUUCCACUGUUCCAGUCUACUAAAGUUGAAGAAUCGGCCUCUGAGUUGGAGCCGGCAGACCCUGAUUUCUACAAGAUAGGGUAUGUUCGAAGCAUGAGAGCUUAUGGAGUUGAAUUUAAAGAAGGGCCGGAUGGUUUUGGAGUUUAUGCUUCCAAAGAUGUUGAGCCACUUCGCCGUGCCAGGAUGAUAAUGGAAAUCCCAUUGGAACUGAUGCUGACCAUAAGCCAGAAGCUCCCAUGGAUGUUUUUCCCAGACAUAAUACCAGUGGGUCAUCCAAUAUUCGAUAUUAUUAACUCAACUGAUCCAGAGACAGAUUGGGAUCUAAGGUUAGCAUGUCUUCUUUUAUAUGCAUUGGAUCAGAAGGAUAACUUUUGGCAGUUGUAUGGUGACUUUUUACCUAGUGCAGAUGAGUGCACCAGUUUGCUUCUAGCUACAGAGGAAGAUCUAUUGGAGCUCCAGGAUCCCAAUCUUACUUCAACUAUGAGAGAACAACAAGAGCGGGCCUUAAAAUUUUGGGAAAAGAAUUGGCACUCUGGUGUACCCCUUAAAAUUAAGCGUCUUGCCCGUGACCCUGAAAGAUUCAUGUGGGCAGUGAGUAUUGCACAGUCACGAUGCAUAAGCAUGCAAAUGAGGAUUGGUGCUCUAGUUCAAGAUGCAAAUAUGCUAGUACCUUAUGCCGACAUGCUAAACCAUUCUUUCCAGCCAAACUGCUUUUUCCAUUGGCGUUUUAAAGAUCGCAUGCUUGAGGUGAUGAUAAAUGCAGGACAACGAAUUAGAAAAGGAGAUGAGAUGACCGUCAAUUACAUGAGCCCCCAGAAAAAUGACAUGUUCAUGCAAAGAUAUGGGUUUUCUUCAUCUGUGAAUCCUUGGGAUGUGAUCCAGUUCUCUGGCAAUGCACGUAUACAUUUGGAUUCCUUCUUAUCCGUUUUCAAUAUAUCUGGCCUUCCUGAAGAAUAUUAUCACAACAGUAGGCUAUCCAAUAGUGGAGAUACAUUUGUAGAUGGAGCGGUCAUAGCAGCAGCAAGAACACUGCCCACUUGGUCAGAUGGAGACGUGCCUCCAAUGCCAGGCAUGGAAAGGAGAGCUGUGAAGGAAUUGCAGGAAGAAUGCUUACAGAUGCUUGGAGAGUUUCCCACUACCUCAAAGCAAGAUCAAAAAAUUCUUGAUUCUAUGCCGCAAGCUAGAAGAACCCUUGCAGCUGCAAUCAAGUAUAGGUUACAUCGAAAGUUAUUCAUGGAGAAAGUCAUACAGGCAUUGGAUAUUUAUCAAGAGCGAAUAUUGUUCUGAUCCUAUAUUGUUUUCUUCAACUGGAAAAUUUUGUUAGGUAGAGAACUUGUCGGAGUGGUCAUUCAUUGAAAAUUUUUAUGCCAAAGUUAGGGAAUGCAUGUCUCUGUAAACUCACAUUUUGCUAGCCAAUCAUGUAUAAAACAUAAUCUACCUAGAAAUUCAAGCUUCA